AGUCACUCCAGUCCUGAGCCGUCUGUUUUUUUCUCUCUCGCGGCACGUUACGUACGUGUGGAAGAUGAAGCUGUUUUUGGUUCUCGUCCUCGGCGCGGCUGCUGUGGACGCCCAGUCCUGGUGGUCCUGGUUCAGCACUCCUGCUGACAGCACCCCAAGGGCAGCAUGGGACGGCUUGAGAGUGACCUUCGGAUUCAACCCUUUUGGAAACAACUUUGACCGCUUGCCUCGCACCAAGGAGGUGGCGGAACAUAAAGGAUGGACGCCGUUUGGACCGAACAUGUGCACAGCUGGUACGUGGCGGGGUUUCCGCUACGUCAAGGACAACGACCCUGCGGUCACCUUGCUGUUCGACAAGAACGGCUACAUCGCCGGGUUACAGAUGGGGGUGCGGAAGAAUGAGCUGCCCCCUGACCCGCCCCAGCAGGUCACCCCACCAUGGAUAGAGGACACGGACCAGGACAUGUGGCUGCUUACAGCCUAUUUCAUCCAGCCGAGUGACAUUUGCAGUGAUGGUCGUACAGAGGCUGAGUACCAGGAGGAAGGCACGGGGACUGACCUGUACAUCCAGACCGGCCCUAACCCCACCUCGGACAUCAUGGCCAUCCCCCUCUACCAAUCCGACCUGCAGGGCACUGAAUGGAUCGAGGGCAAGUGCUUCUGGGGCAUGGGUAAACACUACUGGUGGAAUCUGCGCGUCGACAUGGACUGCAGGGAGUUCUACCCAGUCUUUAUCAUGUACAAUGGCGGGAAGCUGAACGCUUUCGGCUGGGACAUAAUGAACUACCUGGGUAGCCCGCGCUACGAGCACCCAUCAGCCUUCGGGUUGUUCAUAGAUACUGUGCCGACCUGUCUGGCUGACCAGAGUCAGGGCCUGUCCACUAUGCACGUGUACCUGACCAACGGGUUCCCGCCCUUCUUCAACCGCUGUUAGACUCCUGGACCGUGGACCGGAACCAACAGCAUUAUAGGGCUGAAAAUAAUCCAUAUCUCGUCAUGGUUUUAUGAACGCUAGCUUCUUAAUAUGGGCAGAUACUGGCUAAUUAAUAGAAUAAGACACAACGGAAUCCGACACAUUUUCCUGACAAGACGAUCAGCUACAAAUGAUUGUGAUAAUGAUUAUUACACUCUAUAAUAAAAGUCUGAUUGUUCGUGAUGGUAUGCUUCCUGCGGCACCGUGCAAUGUGCUUUAAUCACUGUAGGUUAUGACGUCAGCCUGCCUUGCAAUUUGCACAUAGCAGGUCUUUUCGCUGUAUCUGUAUUUACCCAAAUUCCACACACCCCAUUCCGCAUUACUUUGCAUUCUGCCUAUUAUCCGGAAAAAAGGUUGUGAACCUUCAUUAUUCUCUAAUUCAUGUAAGGUACACUUAUCGAAAAAAAAACCAUUAAAACACAGUUGUCAAUGUC